GGAACCGAAGCUUGAUAAAUAAAAUAGUUUUAAAAAGCCCUCAGAUCUAUGCUGAGGUCAUUGCUUAUGCCAGGCAUUCAGGCACUAUGGGUCUAUGACACACAUCGAUUUUAGCUAAAAAAAACACGCGCACACACACACAUCAUCGGUUUUAUGAUGACUUCUCCUAUAUUAUAUCAUAUCUUCCUGAUCUGCUCAUGUGGCCAUAACCCAUAAAUAACAACUGUCUAAGAUUUGUUUGGCCAGGAUAGCAGCAAGUGAGCAAGCAUAGUAGCUAGUAGGAAGCAGCUGGAACCAGCAGGUGGACAUGUCGUCUCCGCCGCCGCCGCCGGUGAAGCUGAUCGGCUUCUUCGGCAGCCCGUACGCGUUCCGCGCGGAGGCGGCGCUGUGCCUCAAGGGCGUGCCGUACGAGCUCAUUCUGGAGGACCUCUUCGGCACCAAGAGCGACCUCCUACUCCACCACAACCCCGUCCACAAGAAGGUCCCCGUGCUCCUCCACGGCGACGACAGGGCCAUCUCCGAAUCCCUCGUCAUUGCCGAGUACGUCGACGAGGUCUUCGACGGGCCGCCGCUCCUCCCCGCCGACCCCUACGACCGCGCCACCGCCAGGUUCUGGGCUGACUUCAUCGAGAACAAGCUUACCAAGCCGUUCUUCAUGGCGAUCUGGGUGGAGGAGAGCGAAGCGCGGCUGCGGUUCGAGAAGGAGGCCAAGGAGCUGGUGGCGCUGCUGGAGGCGCAGCUCGACGGCAAGAAGUUCUUCGCCGGCGACAGGGCGGGAUACCUCGACGUCGCCGCGUCCUCGCUCGGCCCCUGGCGCAGCGUCAUCGAGGAGCUCAACGGAGUGACCGUGCUCAGCGAGGACGAGCACCCCAACCUGUGCCGGUGGAGCAGGGACUACUGCGCCUGCGAGGAUCUGAAGCCGUGCAUGCCGGAUCGGGAGAAGCUGCUCGCCUACUUCACCAAGAACUUCGACAGGUACAAGGCGGCCGUCAAUGCGACGUUAUCGCAGUCGCAGUAGUGAAAAGUCUGUAACUGGGUACAGUACUACACGUCGAUCUGCGCGUGUACGGACACGAAUGCCGCGCGGGCUUUUUUUUCAGAAUAACGUAGAUGUGCCCAGUGAAAUUCGGAGUAGUAGUACUAUGUACCGUAGUUCCAAGUUUUCAAUUCUGCAAACCAACAAGUUAUUACUUUUUUUUUUAUUUACCAAUACCUGAGUACCGCUGUACCAGUGCAAUUGUAUGCAGAGUUCUUGUUUCACCAAUGGACAGAAAUCUAUGGUCUCGUUUAGUUA